AUGGAUAACGAAAAUGACCAUUUGUUGGGAUCUUUGGACAAAAACAAGACACCAAACGCUGACCUUAUAGAUGAAGAAAACCCACUGACACACCAGCUGGCUCCCGAGCUUAUUCUCCAGCAGCACAUGCUAGACGAGAUGAAUUAUCUCCAGGAGAUGGAAGACACGCCACAUGGCCGUCAUCUGGGCGUUUACUCCAUGACCAUGAUGAUCCUGCAACGUAUAAUUGGGUCUGGCAUCUUUGCCGUGCCGGCUUUGAUCUACCGCGAUGUUGGGGGCUCGCCUGCGCUGUUCUUUCUCGUGUGGGUCAUAGCUGGCUAUGUAAGCUUUGCUGGUCUGUACUGUUUCCUGGAGCUAGGACGGGUGAUUCCGCGCAGUGGUGGGAUGAAAGUGUUUUUGGAAUACAUCUACUACAAACCACGGAUGUUCACGAGUGUGCUCUACAACACGUAUUCUGUUGCGUUUGGCUUCACUAUUACUAAUGCAAUUAUAUUUGGCGAAUAUACGCUAUAUGCGCUUGGCUGGGACAACGUGGACGGAAUGGCACCAAAAUACGUUGGCUGUGCCUACGUCGUGCUGGUUUCUGUGGUGAUUGGGUUUUCGACAAAUCUGGGGGUCAGGAUGUCAAAUUUCACGGGAGCUCUGAAACUGGUGCUUUUAGCAAUCAUGUCGCUGACGGGGUUUUACGUGCUUUUGCUGCCUUCUACUAUCACAGGAGUCACGAACAACCUCCACUGGGACGGAUUCUUUGCCGCAAAACGCUCGAUUUCAUCCAGCUCGUUCAUCAGCGCUCUGCUCAAGGCCAUAUUCUCGUUCGGGGGCUGGCAUACCGCUCACAUCGUCACCAAUGAAAUCAAGGACCCCGUCCGAACUUUGUCCAUAGCUGGGCCCCUUGCGCUCCUCAUAGUCAACCUUUCGUACCUUCUGGUCAAUCUCAGCUACCUGGUUGUGAUCCCGGACGCGGAACUGAACGGUUCUGGUGAACUGGUGGGCAGUCUCCUGUACGAAAAAUUAUUUGGCUACACCCUUGGCCGCCAGUGUCUCACCAUGACGGUGGCCAUUUCGUCCGCCGGAAACAUCCUCACGGUGAUGUUCCACAUCUCCAGAAUGAACCAGGAGAUAUUCCGCGAAGGGUUCCUACCCUUUAGCAGGUUUUUCGCAUCGAACUGGCCAUUUGGCGCGCCUCUGCGGGCCCUGCUAUUUCCCUUGGCCAUCUCGUGCUUCUUCCUUCUCAUCCCAACCCCUGACAACGUCUACGACUACAUCAUCAACCUCGAAAGUUAUCCACUGCAGCUCUUUGUCGGACUUACCGUGGCUGGCAUAUUUGUGCUAAAAUAUAGAGUUCCUGGCUACCACACGAGCAACCGGCUGCUUGUUGUGCACGCGUCCGCCAUAAUUGCGCUCUCGCUGUUUCUGUUUGUGGCUCCGCUCAACCCUUUCAGACCAGCAGACUUCAAGGGCUUCCCGAACUACGCAUACACCUCGCUCAGCAUCCUGUUACUAUGUAUACUUUAUUGGGCCUAUACAUUUGUGUGGGCCCCAAAAUGGGGCCGAUAUACGCUUCACCCGGUCCAGGACACGCUGAGCGACGGCCUGGUGGUGAAACAGUGGGAAAAAAAACAGCAAGAAUGA